AUGUCUUCUCCUCGCAAGAACCAAGAAGAGGUUAUCCAGCCUGACCAUGCUCUGCAGCCUAUCGCGGAUGAUGAGACCUUUGAUACAGACAGCGAACGUUCCUCGUUGACGUCUCUCACGUCGUCUGUUCUACAGGGCAAAGUUGAAGGGGGGAGGACUUAUGCCGUCUAUGGUAAAGAAGAGUAUGGGCUCCCAAUGGACGAGGCUGAGCUUGAUCGCAUCGAUAUGUGCCAUGCAAAGUACUGCGCUCUGAUUGGGAAAACUCGCUACUUAGCGCCCGUAAACAGUCCUCAAAGAAUUCUUGAUCUUGGCUGCGGCACAGGUAUAUGGUCCAUCGAGAUGGCCGAGGAGUUCACGUCUGCUGAGGUCAUUGGCACUGAUGUUGCACCAACACAACCUGGAUGGGUUCCACCAAACUGUCACUUCGAGGUCGAUGAUAUCGAGAGAAUAUGGACAUGGCGAGAAGAGAGCUUUGACUUUAUCUUCUCGCGAGAUCUCCUGCUCGCAAUUCGAGAUUGGCCAGCGUUGAUUGACCAAACUUACACACACCUCCAACCCGGAGGCUGGGUAGAGUUCCAGGCCAUUGUCGGGGUUCUCGGGUGCGAUGACGACUCAAUCCCUGAAGAUAGCUACCUACGCAAAUUCUCCACCAUGAUGGAGCAGGGUUCCUCCAAGUUCGGCGCCUGCCUCACAGACCCCAUGAAGUGGAAAGGUUGGUUCGAAGAGCGCGGCUACACCAAUGUUACAGAGCGAGUUUUUAAACUUCCUUUCAACCCAUGGCCCAAAGAUCCGCGUAUGAAGCUACUAGGAGCAUGGGAGAUGGAAAAUCUCCUGCAGGGACUUGAGGCGAUGGUGACCAGGAUGUUCCAGAAGGGACUUGGCUGGACAGAUGCUGAGGUCGCUGUCUUUUUGGCAUUCUUGAGAAAGGAGAUUAAGAAUCCUCGCAUGCAUGGCUACUGGCCUUACUAUGUCGUUUAUGCCCAGAAGCCUGAAGAGGAAAAGGCACAGGCUGUCAAGUGA